UCUGGAUUUGAUGGCCUCUGAGGUCUUUGUCUACUCAAGAUUCUGUGCAUCUAGGAGUGAGCAAGGCGAGGUGUAUGCAAGGGGCUCAGGUAUAUGGGGUUCAGAUUUUCUUGGAAAUGAUUAGGGUUAGGCGUGGAAUCUAAAUGUCCCUGACUUUCUCUAUGUGUCUCCUUCUCCUCUUCUCUUCAGUCUGCCCCAGCCUGGAUAUCCGCACAGAGGUGGCAGAGCUCCGGCGUCUGGAAAACUGCACUGUGGUGGAAGGCUACCUACAGAUCCUGCUCAUAUUCACAGCAACCGGAGAGGACUUCCAGGGCCUCAGCUUCCCCCGCCUCACCCAGGUCACCGACUACCUGCUCCUCUUCCGCGUCUAUGGGCUCGAGAGCCUUCGAGAGCUCUUCCCCAACCUCGCUGUGAUUCGAGGCACCCGCCUCUUCUUCAGCUACGCCCUGGUCAUCUUCGAGAUGCCCCACUUGAGGGACGUGGGGCUUCCAGGCUUGGGGGCCAUCCUCCGCGGGGCCGUGCGGGUGGAGAAGAACCAGGAGCUGUGCCAUCUGUCCACCGUCGACUGGGGCCUGCUGCAGCCCACAACCGAUGCCAACCACAUUGUGGGCAACAAACUGGGAGAGGAAUGUGCUGAUGUGUGCCCCGGGAUGCUGGGCACGGAGGAGCCCUGCGUCAGAACCACCGUCAAUGGGCGCACGGACUAUCGCUGCUGGACCUCUGGGCACUGCCAGAGAGUGUGCCCAUGUGCCAGGGGCCUGGCUUGCACCGCGAGGGGCGAGUGCUGCCAUCCCGAGUGUCUGGGAGGAUGCAGUCGGCCCAAUGACCCCCAGGCGUGCGUGGCCUGUCGCCACUUCCACUUCGGAGGCACGUGCCACUCGGCCUGUCCCAGAGGCACCUACCGGUACGAGGCCUGGCGCUGCGUCACUGCGGAUUACUGCGCCAGCCUGCGGGCUCUGCCUGACCUGCCCGGCCACGUCUCUGACUUCGUCAUCCAUCAGGGCAGCUGUCUGGCUCAGUGCCCUCCAGGGUACACCCACAACGACAGCAGCAUCUUCUGCCUUAAGUGCGAGGGGUUGUGCCCCAAAGAGUGUAAGGUUGGCACCAAGACCAUCGAUUCCCUCCAGGCAGCCCAGGAGCUCGUGGGCUGUACCCAUGUGAAGGGCAGCCUCAUCCUUAACCUGCGUCAAGGCUGUUAGUAUACCCUUAUCUCCAUCGCCCUACCCCUCCCCGCCAG